UUUCGCGCGCGCCGGUUCCAGUAGCCUGCCCCAAAUAUUUUUCUUGAAAAAGCCAGAAUUUACAAUGCAAGCCUUUCUGAAAACAGGAAAAAUUUCAGCAUCUGAUAAGCCAACAACAUCAGGUGCUAAGGCUACUACAAAAAAGAAGCCUCCAGCACCAUGGGUUGAGAAAUACCGUCCCAAGACUAUUGACGACAUAGUCGACCAAGGAGAAGUAGUGCAAGUGUUGAGGGAGUGUUUGUCUGGCGGAGAUUUACCGCACUUGCUGUUUUACGGGCCACCUGGUACGGGUAAAACUAGCGCAAUCCUUGCGGCAGCCAGACAGCUUUUUGGAGAUAUAACUCGUGACCGGGUGCUAGAACUCAAUGCUUCGGACGAGCGAGGUAUCCAGGUCAUCAGGGACAAGGUGAAGAGUUUCGCGCAGUUGACUGUCAGUAGUACCAGGCCUGAUGGGAGACCGUGUCCUCCAUACAAGUUGGUGAUCCUGGACGAGGCAGAUUCCAUGACGAAUGCUGCUCAGGCCGCACUGCGCCGUACCAUGGAACGAGAGACACGCACAACUCGUUUCUGUCUGAUCUGUAACUAUGUGUCAAGAAUCAUUCCACCAAUCACCAGCCGAUGCUCUAAGUUCCGAUUCAAACCAUUGGCCAGAGAAAAUGUUAUAAAAAGACUGCAAGAGAUUUGCACAGCAGAAGGCGUGGAAGUGGGUGACGGGACCAUACUCCACCAGGCCGUGGACACGUGCGAGGGUGACCUGCGCCGCGCCCUCACCGCGCUACAGUGCUGCCAGCGGCUGCUGGGGCAGAUCACCGCUGACGGACUCAUUGAGGUAACAGGGCUUGUACCUGAGAAGCUGGUCAAUGAAUACCUGAGUGUCAAGAACUACAGCGAAUUGGAGCAGUUUGUUGAUAAGUUUUUAAUGGAGGCGUACUCGGCGUCGCAACUGCUCGAGCAACUGAGCGCGACUGUCGUCACCGCCGGCCACCUCACUAAUAAGCAGAAAUGCGAAAUCAGCGAGAAAGUGGCGGUAUGUUCUCAUCGGUUGCUGGACGGAGGAGCCGAGGUGAUGCAGCUCACGGACCUUGGAUGCACCAUCAUAAUGGCCAACAAUAACCCCUGAGUUGCAUUUUAUUAUCUGUAUGAUGUGUGUGAUUGAAAUAAGUUGUCUGUUUUGAAAAUAAGGGACCCAAAUAAACUGUUUUUUCUUU